AUGGCUGCGGCGGCGGCGGCGGCGGCGGCUGCCCCUGGGGCUCAGCGUCUGGAACAAGUGGUCGAGCUGUUUCAAAACCAGCGGUAUAGAAAGUUCAAGGGUUGGAGCAGCAGAUACCUCUUGAAGUCAGACCCCGGUCGGUACAGCGAUCACACGGGGGGUGGUUGGCGCGAGAGGCUGGACUCGCGGCCGCCGGCGGGAUGCGUCUGGGGGGAAGGGGACACAGGGUGGGAGCUGGACAAGUCGUACACUCGCUGCGACGACGAGGGAUGGACUUACGCCUCCUCGUUCCGAGAUUUCACAUCUUCCAACCCGGCCCUCCCGGCCGCCGGGGAGCACGGGACGGGGGGAUGGGGGAGGGGGGGGGGGGGGGGUCUCCAGGAAGUUGCAAAAUUUGGAGACAAGCUGUGUUGUGGUGGAUGCAAAGGAGGCAGUGUUGGGUCUCGGGGAUCGAGGAGGCUGACGGGGCGGGGGUCGGUUGGGUUCGCUCUUGCGCCCCUGGAUGAGGUGGAGAGCAUGAGGGUGGAAGUGGUGAUCCACGGGGAGUCCUUCAUCGUUACCGCGGGACCCAACGACAGCGUGCGGUGGCUGCAGCAGGAGGCGUCUGCUCUCUUCUCGAAGGAACACAACUUCCGCACCCACGUCGUUCAGGUGGUGGAAACCUACCCUCGAGAUAUUUUCCAGGCGAAUGCCGAUGCCCUCGGAGGGGGCGACGAGGGGGGGGACGCUUCUCUCCAUCCCCUUAACCCGGAAAGCCUUGUCAGAAAAGCGAUAUCGACGAAGGACAGGACACUAUUUCACCCCGCGCCCAUGGAGGAUGGUGUCUCUGAAGUUGCGGACGCUAAGAUUUGGGCCAGGGUGCAGGCCACGGUCACGGUGCCCCCGGGACCCUUGGGCGUCGUCCUUGAUGGAGAGGUCGGCGAUCGGCCGGUUGUCCUCGAGAUACCGGGGCAAAGUGGCCCGGCACAAGUCUUCCAAACCGUCGACGGCAGCAGGGACAACCCCGCCGGUUCAACCAUGCCGGAGGGGUUCGCCACCACCCCAACCGGCACCAAUCCCGCCGCCACCACGACACCCUUCAAGGUCAAGCCGAAGGUGACCCGCAAAGACCGCGCCAAGCGGCUACUUCUCAACCUGGCCACUAAACACCACUUCCACACCAACGCCACCGCCACCGCCACCAGCAACACCAGUCCCGUAGAAAUUUCUUCCUCCGCGGCCGCAGCAGCAGCCGGGCGUUCCCCGGGAUCGAAGGCGUCUUCGCCGGGAGGGGGGGGGGGACACGAGGCGCUCCCGUCCCCGCUUGUGACGGCCACGGACGCGGCGACGGUGAGGCCGGGCAUGGUGCUGGCGGCGGUGGCGGCGCGAGGAGGGCAAGGGGUUUCAGAGGAGGCGGUGGACACGCUGGGGAUGGGGGUGAAGGAGGCCAUCGAGACCCUCGUCAGGUACCAGCACUUGCACCGCGCGAUCACGUUCAUCGACCCUCCGUCCGGCUGGUCCUCUGAGAAGGAUCUGGACAUGGCCGGGGGUGCAGUGGGUGCGGGCGUCACUUGUCCCUAUUCCGUCGGAGUGACGGUAGUAGAGGCGAGGGGCCUCAAGCGUUCCGACAUCUUCACGGCUGAUCCGUUCGCGUGGCUCAGACUCGGAGGCUCUUCCCACAAGACCAGCGUGUGCAGGAGCACCAGCCGGCCGCACUGGGGCGAGACGUUCAAGUUCGCGCUGCUGUCCCUGGAGCGAUCUCUGGUGGUGCAGGUGUGGGAUGCAGAUGAGCUCGGGGCGGAUGUACUCCUGGGAGAGACGAGCGUGAACCUGAGCAAGCUGCCCGUGAACAACCCCUUCCAGUUACCCGACGCCGCUGGGGGCGCCGUGGCGGAUGUCUGGUACAACCUACAGGUUGAAGGGGGCGGGAACGAAGCCGGCAGCAGCGUCGGCUCUCGUGGGGUCCGGCUGAAGAUCUCCAUCGACCAGCAGCUGCACGUUGCCAUCCACAAGAAAAAGGUGGACAGCGCUGCACGGCUCCUCCAAGGAGCAAUGCGCUCCUUCGUCUUCCGCCGGCAGACACUCACCAACCGGCAGAAGCAAGGCCGGGACGGGACGGGCGGCGCCCCGCCGCUGCCGCCGCGCAGCCGAACGGCAACAGACACGACGUCCGAAGCCUCCUCUUCCGCGCCCGCCGCCGACGCCGCCCUCGCCGCCUUCGCUGUUGCCGACUCGGAAGACGCGGCCGGGAGGGGGGUACGCGGAGGAGGGGGUAUGGGGUAUGGGGGGGGGCGGCAGCAGUCCUCCCGGAAGUCGGUUGCCGGGGCUGUCGGCGGGGGCUGGGAGGCGAGCGGUGCGCACGCGGCGAGCACGCUGGCGGACGUGUUCCCGGACGAGGUGGAAGACACCGGUGGCGGCGGCGGUGGCGGUGGUGCUUCUUUCGGGUCUAGCGGCGGAGGGGACCCUGCCACAAGGGGCGUCAGCGCCAUCGUGACCAAGUUCUUGGAGGGGCCGGCGCUGGAGAGAUUCGCCAGCGGCGGGGUGGGUGGUGUCGGCGGCGGCGGAGGAGGCUGCGGCGGCGGCGGCGGCGGCGGGAUCCUGAGGAAAAGCAGCGUCGGGACUUUGGGGGGCAGGCGCAGCACGCUCGCGAGCGGGCGAAGGAGUAGCGCCGCCAGCGUUAGGUUUGUGGACGGCGGGCGGAGGAGCACGGUCGGGGGGUGGGGGGAGGGGGACGAGGCGGCGAGGCCGGGGGCGUCGGUGUGCAAGGACUGCCUGAGCGAUGUCGGCAGCCUGCUGGCGGUGGCGAUGGCGCCGGCGGAGGCUGCGAGGACUACCAUGGAGUUCGCCCGUCUUGGGAUCGCCGCGUACAUCAGGCAUCCGUGGUUUGGGUUCCAGUCCUUGUCGGACAAGGCGGAAAACUGAGCCUUCUGGCCGGCGUGGAGUGUCAUACGGUGUUAUUUAAGGUCCUCGAGGAAGAGGUUCGGAUCAUAUUCACUCUGUACAUGAUACACAUAUUGGUGCCAUAUUUUUUCCUAACGGUGAUCCAUCUAAUCCCCCCCGCCCCCCCCCGACCCAAAACGUCACGACCCCCCUCUUAAAAAACGUCAGGACGCCACCCACCUUCGCUACCCCACGGUCCUGCCCGACUCCACCGCCGUCACCCCCCUAGCGGUAACCGCCUUCCCUGCCCCGCGCGGAGGUUUCGGCCCGCUAACCGUCGCGAGUUGCACCGCGUUCGACCCACUGCGUCGCUCCGACUGGGCCGAUCACGCCGCCCCUGUACUGGUGGCUCCCUCGGCUGAGAGGGCAGCGGAGGUCGAGUCCGCCGCGGGGGAAGUUUGGAGUACGAUUGUGAGGGAAGCGGCUGCGGCUAGCGGGGGGGCGGGAGCCAGGGGAGGCGUCGGGGGGAUGGUGGGGAUAGGCGGCGGGGCGGCGGGUGGGAGUGCGGCGGCGGCCGCGCUCGCGAGCAAGGCUAGCGUGACCGUGGUUCUCAAGGAUGGCGGGUGUAUCAGGUGUGUGUGUGUGUGUUUUUUUAUUAUUAGCAUCGACCGCGCUAACCGGCUGACCAAUGAAAAAACGUCAGUGCC